CUCCCAUCCCGGAUUGACGCUGCGCAUAUGCUCGAUGUACUUUUGCUUGAACUCCUGGGAGCGCUGCGCAAUUGCGGUGGCACGCAUCUUGAACAGCUCGAUCUUGUCGGUGGUCCAGAACUCCGGGCCGGCGUAGGCAAGCAUUUUGGCAUGAAGCAAUCCCCACAUCUCCUCCGAUCGCUUGGUGUUCUCUGCGUGAACAGCUUCCGCAUUGCCGGGAGUGGUGCCGGGCUCGUUCGCCAUGAUGAUGGAAGGUGACUGGGUGAGCUUCUGGAGAGUAGACGGGGUGUUGUGUUCGAAUGCGAAAGGAGGCUUGAUGGAGGACGUGAUCUGAGUGCUCUCAGCUCAGCGACGCGAGGUUGUGUAAGUGAGUGAGAGAAGG